AGUCAUUUCGCUCCAUUUCGCCGUGGGACCUCAACUUCUCCAUAUCCACCGACCCCUCCUUCCAGUUCUCUGCUUCUUCUUUCUCCUCGCUUACUUUUUGUAACUCGUAGCCUUUUAAUACCAUCCCGCCGCCAUCAUGGCAAACGUAGCGUCUUCGGCGCUGAGACAGGCUUCGCGCCUUGGUCUCAAGCAGACAUUCACAUCGACUCCGCUACGGAGCAUCCCUUCCCGAUCAAGGGCCGCCGCCGCCGCCGCCGCCGCCACAGCCGCCGCGCAAGCACCACGGCGUGGCUACGUGUCGGAGACAAAACGAGAUAAUGCCCAAGUUAACGUCGAGACUGCGAUUCGAUUAGAUAAGAAGAACUUCUUGAAUGAGAAGGGCGAGCUUAUCGUGCCGGCACCCGGCACGCCAGCGAACGCUACCAUCAGCCCGAUGGCCGAAGUGCUCAAGGAGGCCACACUCCUCGACGAGGGCCAGCGUCCCAUAUAUCUCGAUAUGCAAGCGACGACACCCGUAGACCCCCGAGUUUUGGAUGCCAUGCUCCCAUUCUUCGUCAACGUUUACGGCAAUCCCCAUUCACGAACGCACGCAUACGGGUGGGAAAGUGAAAAGGCCGUAGAGGAGGCGCGCGAGCAUGUCGCAAAUCUCAUCGGCGCGGAUGCCAAGGAGAUUAUUUUCACCAGCGGCGCAACCGAGAGCAACAACAUGAGCAUCAAGGGCGUCGCUAGGUUUUUCGGACGGUCGGGCAAGAAGAAGCACAUCGUGACUAGCCAGACCGAACACAAGUGUGUUCUCGACAGUUGUCGACAUCUCCAAGACGAAGGCUAUGAGGUCACUUACCUCCCAGUCCAGACCAAUGGUUUGAUAAACCUGCAAGAGCUAGAGGCUGCAAUCCGCCCGGAUACGGUCAUCGUCAGCAUCAUGGCAGUGAAUAACGAGAUCGGCGUGAUCCAGCCCUUGGCGGAAAUCGGCAAACUAUGCCGGGAGAAGAAAGUCUUCUUCCAUACCGACGGCGCGCAAGCGGUGGGCAAAAUCCCUCUGGAUGUCAAUGCGAUGAACAUCGACUUGAUGUCUAUCUCGUCGCACAAGAUAUACGGCCCGAAAGGUAUCGGUGCUUGUUAUGUGCGAAGGCGACCGCGAGUCAGGUUGGAGCCUAUCAUCAGCGGCGGAGGCCAGGAACGAGGCCUGCGUAGUGGCACUCUUGCGCCACCCUUGGUGGCGGGAUUUGGCGAAGCUUGUCGCAUCGCCAAGGAGGAGUUGAAAUACGACUCCAAACGCAUCAAGUCGCUAUCCGACAGAUUACUAAAGGGACUUCUAGCUAUGGAACACACGACCCAAAACGGAGACCCCAACCACUUCUAUCCCGGAUGUGUCAAUGUCUCCUUCGCUUACGUGGAAGGCGAGUCACUGCUUAUGGCAUUGAAAGAUAUCGCGCUGUCCUCUGGCAGUGCUUGCACUUCGGCUUCGUUGGAGCCAAGUUACGUAUUAAGAGCUCUAGGAAACAGCGACGAGAGCGCGCAUAGCAGUAUCAGAUUCGGAAUUGGGCGGUUUACCACGGAGCAAGAAAUCGACUACGUGCUGAAGGCGGUCCGAGAACGAGUCACGUUCCUCCGUGAACUGAGUCCCCUAUGGGAACUCGUACAAGAAGGCAUCGACUUAAACACAAUCCAAUGGACUCAGCACUGAUGUCACCGGCCUUAUCGGUUCUCGUUUUUCAUUUCUCAUGUUCAUCGUCUAUUCUGGCAUCCGCGGGAGGACUAUUAUUAGUAUUAUAUGGAUGCCGCACUCUAGUAAACGGGAUACGGCUCACGACCAUGCCAAAUUAGGGUCACAGUUGCACUUUAGGUGUCAGGACGGCGUCGUUUGUCCGGCCGCUCGUUAGGGCCUGUAU